AACACUAGUAAAAGACGCUAAUUUGUUGUAUAUCGGUUCCGCAAUCCGAAGCGGCAAUUUAUAUUAAUCGAAUUGAUUGUAAUUGUUAAAGAUUGACAUAAAGGAUGUGUAACAAUAUCGAUAAUUAACGAUCACGUUAUUAUUGGAUUUGUUGCGACAAAAAACAUAAUGUAUUUCAUAAUCUAAUGUGAUAUAAUGAUUACAAGAUAUUCGCUACGAUGAUGACAACACAUCGUAUUGACAGUUCUCUACCGUUUGCGCUGGAAAGAGGACAGAGUUUCUGCGAUGACAGCGAGGAUGACAGUAGCCUGAAUGAUAUGGAUGAUUUCUUAUCCAUGUCCAUACCAUCGUCUUCUAUGAACAAUUCUGUUUUAGUCGACGAAUCCACCCCUGAGUUCCUACAUCUCACUGCAAUGGUUCGUGCUGUAUAUUUGUCCUAUCUCCACAAAUGCUUACUUAGUAAUUACACAACUUGUUACAAACAAACAGAUGAUGUACCAAGUGUUGAAGUAAAAAAAUACGCAGAUCUCAUGGAAUUACAUGCAGUUCGAUUAGCUUUAGAAGUUACUUUGUACAGACAGAAUAUGUUAAGAAUGAUUGCAGAUAUAAAAUCGCAUACUGACAAAAAGAAAGUGUAUAAAAAAUUAGUAAUAUUUUUAGAAACACCUAAAGAUAAAAUUGAUGUUGCGGUACAAACAGAUAGCGUAUGGUCGGAUUUGCACAGAGUAGACAAUGCACAAAAUAUAUGUAAUACAUCAAACUGUGAGGAGAUAUUGGAAACAGUAUUGAAUUCUAGCAAUUCUCAUGUAAGUGAAAAUAUAAAUGAAAAUGUUGAUAAUGAGAUGGAUACACAAAUAUUGCAAGAAAUUACAAAAGAAGAAUCUAGUGACGCUAGUCAGGAAAUUAAGGAUGAAAGCGAUUACCAAAUAAUGGAUGGUGCAAAUAAUAGAAAUGAGGAGGAGGAAAAUUCACAAGAUUCAUUAUUACAACACAUGGAGGAUAUGUUUUGCGAGAGUGACGACAGUACUGAUCUCACAAAAUUGAUAGAAAAACAUUCUGGCGUUACAAAGGCUCAUAUUGAUAACGAAAUUAAGAAGAUAUGUUUAGAAGCAGAUUCAAAUUUCUUUGGCAUAUCACAAAAUGAUAAUAUACCUAAUAAGCCUAAAGUAGCAAAAAGAAGAACAAGCAAAGGAAAAGUUAGCUUUAGUCGUUAUAAGGAAAUGCAAAAUAGAAAAGCCAUUAAAGAAACUAAUGGAACUGAGAUUGGUGAAAAUAAACAAAAACAGAGGCUAAAUGCUAUUUGGUUCGUUGAAAGAGUGCAUCAAAUUUCACAAUUAAAAGAGAAAAUGACUGAAUUAACUUUAACAAAUUAUCGUAAACAUGGAGAAAUAAAAGAACAAUUCCUAGGGUUGUUUGGGGAAAGUGAAGGAGAAGAUAUGAUGCCAGAUUCACCAAUUUGUAUAGAAGAAUAUUUACCAGCUUGCAAAGAAAGAAUAGCGCCUUGGAUUGUUAAAUACUUAAUGCCAUUUUACAAAAAGAGAAGAAUUAAAGAUCGACAACUUUUUAAAGCUGUUGCAAAAUAUAUCACAGAUAUGCUCAUUAUAGAAAAUACGUUUCCAGAAGAAAAAUGUGUCAGCAAGUAUAUAGAAAGUUAUUUCAAAAAUAAAAAGGUUAUUAAGACUAAACAGGAUAUAUAUUUAUAAAAGAAAGUGUAUGACGUUAUCAAUUCUAUUAUGCAAUACAAGUUAAUGAAAAUAUAUUCUAACAUAUACAA